AUGUUUAAACGAGCUAAAAUAACUCAUUUUAUCGAUACAAUUACACGAUGUACAGAUGAAUUCAUUCAUAGUGGUCAACUUAUCGACAAUUGUGUAAAUAAAAAAUUCACCGAACAAUUCAAUCGACUUUUUCUCAAGAUUUUCGAAGCGAUUGCCUUCGAUUAUGAUCCAAGUGCGGACACAUCAGCAUCAUCAUCAUCAUCGCUCUCAUCAGCUUUAGCCGAUUUCAUGCAAGAGAGCGCUAGAGCAAUGCUUGCUGCAGGUUUGCCGCGGUUUUUACAACAUUUAUUUCUUCGUCUGAAUCGAAAAUAUCAACAAGCUCGGGCCAUUGUUCAUUAUCAUGUAUUGGCAAUCAUCAAUCAAGAACUUUCUCGAAUCGAACCAAUGGAUCGAAAGCCAAAUACGUUGAUUGAGUCUCUGGUUAGCUCAUUAAGAGAUGAUGGAUUAACUAAAGAGGAAUUAUUCGACGAAGUUGUGUUGUUCAUUGUGGCUGGAACAGAAACAUCAUCAUCAGCUCUCGCUUGGUUUGUAUAUUUUGCAUCAAAAAAUCCUUCAGUACAAGAACAGAUUAAAAUGGAAUUACGACAACAUAAUGUCACUGUCAAUACACCAUUGACCGGUGAAUUGCUUGACAAACUGGUUUAUGUAGAAUGUGUGAUCAAAGAAGUGCUGCGACAUGCGCCCAUUGCUGCCGGUAUAGCCCGCAAUAUACUUCAAGAUGAUGAAAUCGGAAAAGGAAUUCAUGUCGAUGAUAUCCCUGCUAUUCGCGUUCGCGCUGGUGAUAUGAUUUAUAUCAUGAUAACCAAUCUUCAUCAUGAUCCUCGCUAUUGGAAUCUUGAUCCUCAACAAUUUCUACUCGAACGUUUUCUCGGCGAAGAUUGUCAUCACCAUCCAUAUGCUUUCCUUCCUUUUGGUGGUGGACACCGUGCAUGUGCUGGGCGUGAAUUGGCUUUCUUCGAACUGAAAACAAUCAUUACUCGACUUAUGCAAUUUCUGACAUUUAUUGAUUGUAAUCAAAAUACAGGUGGUUAUCAACAGAAAACUAUAUGUUUUCCAAAAAAUUUGGCCGUCAUCGUUCGAUUCGAUAAUGAAAUUGCAAUAAAGGACUAG